AUGCUUCUUCUGACAAUGGGCUCCACGCUCACUGUGGCCAUGGUGACGGUGUACUUGCAGCCGCCUGUGUCCCGUCCAACUGUCUUCAAGCUAACUGAGGACUCCAGCCCGCCGCAUGUGCUGCCGGAUUCUCGUCGCCUUCUGACGCACGGGUUUAUCCACAGAUUUAACUCAAAACGUGACUGUUUAAUGCUGUCUCUCUUUCCGGAAGAGUGCACUGGACUGCCUUGGCUGGGACAGUUUGCACACCUUGCCCCCGUUGCAGACUUUGCUGGUUCACUUCUCUACAAUGAUGCUGACAACACAACUCCCUUCCCUGUUCGAGAGGCGGACAAGUUGAGCUACAAGCAGUCCGGUAAGCCUUCUUUCCACCUUCUUGAGCUCUGA